AACUGCAUGAUGAGUAACACUUUUACGUCAAGACCAUCCCAGUUUUGUCAGAGAGGAAGAGAUGUAAGGCCGAAUUCUCGAAACAGAUCACAACAAGCCGUGGGGGCUAGGGCGACGAAUAACGGUCGAUCAUUGAAAAGUAGUGGCACUAGUACUAGGAGUAGUACAGUUACAAGCGUGAAGCAAAGUCCCGUGACUGUAAGACUGGGAGGAAGUCGGGGAAGAACUGUGAGAUCAGCUGGUGUAAACACGAAGGAAACAAACAUGUCAUCUGAUAGACCCGUUCAAGAGCAAACAACACAAUCUACUGGUUAUACAGUGAUAUGUCCAAAUGAAACGAAAAGACAGCAAAUAAUACAGCAGGCAAAGCAAGAGGAAGAGGCUUAUGUGAAUCAUCAGAAAGAGAAGCCUGUGCAGUCUUACAGCUAUGUGGGAACAGUUGGGGGAGAGGUAUCAAAUGAGGAGGAAGCCCGCAUCAGGCAGGCAAAGAUUCACAGGAACAUGAAGCUAACCAAACUGGAGAAGCAACAGCAGUGGAGAAAGGAAGCCAAGCAACGAGAGCAAGAGAUGAUUGAUCGCAAACUUUCCAAGGCUCGUUCUCAGUCAGAACAAAAUGAAGAGAGAGAACGUGUUCAGAGAGAAAGUAUGUCAAAGAAAUGGGAUGAAGAGAGACGGCGCAAAAAUGAUGAGUUUUUGAGUCGUCUGGAAAAGCAAGCUCCGUCUUUUAAACCAAAUGUAGAAGAAAUUGAACAAACAAGAAAAUCUCCCAAAGGAAAGAAAGACAAGGGAAAGUCUGUACCAGAUAAUGAUCACACCACCUUUGACAGAAGAGAUGUUGAAAGCAGCUGGACUGAAGGAAGACAAAAUGAAACAGAAAGUGAUCAAAGCCAGGGCGAUGAAACAGGACAUGCUUGCAGCAGGAAUCCACUGGAGGGGAAAAGUUCACAUGAAUUGCACGUGCUUCUUACUCUGCAGGACAUGUUCCCUCAGUAUACUUUGGAGAACCUCGCUGAGAUUGCCGAACAAUCUGAAUAUUCUUUAGAGAUAUCUGCAUCCUUAUUGGCCAACUGACGACUUGUAGAUGGCGAUUGUACUUGCAUAUGCUUCGUGGCAUAAUUCUGUCUAACGUAAUGAUAUGAUAUACUGUGCUGUAGCGUAAUACCACAUUUUGCCACAGGUGUAAGCCUGGUAUGUACUAAAUGCCAAGAAAUUAGAGUUAUUCAAAACAAAUAUUCCCAAUCAAAGUUUCCUUUGUCCUUUACAAUUACAUCAUGAUUUUCAAUAAGCUUAGAUCAAAGUUCAUAGAUGGAUAUAGUUUCAAUCAACUGACGAAAACUAUUCAGAGGUAAUGUAUAUAUAUAUAU